AUGUAUAUUAAUCUCUCAUUAUCAAUAAAUUAUUCAUUUCCAGUUGUAACAAUCUAUCAUAAGCUCCGAUUGUUUAUAUUAACGAAAAGAUUUCGUUACCUCGACUUUGCUAGAAGUAAUACGAUUCGAACUCUUGUAGAUACUUCUCACAAUAAUGGCAUACUUCAUUUUAUUGUAAAGAUUAAAGGAAAAUGUGACAUUGAAGAAAUACGCAGUGCUUAUCAGAAGCAUUUGUUGGAUAAAAGGGAUAAGAAUGGAAAGUUUUUGUAUCCCAGAUUGAAGACAAUUUUGAUAUCAUGCUGGGGAAAUUACGCAUUUAUUAAGAACUUUGACAACUUCUUCAUUGAAAACCACAUUUUAAUGGGACCGACUGACUAUAAAGGAAAUCCAAUUGAUGACAGCAAUAUCCAAAAAUGUAUGAGUUUAAUUGUAUCAAAAUACAUGAAUUCAGAAUAUCCACCUUGGCAAAUAAAGGUGAUCCCAAUGAGUGACGACAGUGCUUACUAUUUAAUGAUAAGGAUUCAUCAUUUGAUUUUGGACGAACAAAGAAAUUUAAAGCUUGGUGAUAUGAUGCUACUUGAUAGAUCUAGAGGCAUGAAAAUAGAAUAUUCGAUUCCAAAAGAGGAUAAAUAUCUAGCAUACACGCCUUUAGAGAAGAUAAUCAGACCAGCUGUUGGAUUAAGGACUAUCUAUGAGGAUAUAACAGAUGCAACAAUUUCUCGUUGGAAUGAAUUUGUUAUGAAGCAUGACUCACUUGAUCAUCAUGAUGGAUUUGCUAAAUGUCCUCAAAAUCUGUAUGACUUAGUCUCAUCAAUUGUUAUGACUAUAUUCAACACCUAUAUUGACUAUAACAGAAAGAGUUCGAAAAUUCUAAAAGGAAGUACUGAUCCACAGUUGCAUUUAAGAUUUUUAAGUGACUUGAUAUCUACAGAAUGCGAGAGAAGACAAUUAACUUUUAAGCUUGUUGUAAAUUUGAUUUUAAAGGCACUAAAUCCAGUAAAUGUCGCUAAGAGCACUGGAUUGUUUAUUUUGAGGACGAUUUGCAUCUGGAUUUUCUUAUCGCCAUUCUACAUCCUGCGAGAAUUAAAUGCCUUAAGACGCUAUUUGUUCCUGAAUGAGGAAAUCAAUUCAAAUUCUUAUAUUGGGUUUUUCUUGAAGUACAUCCCAUUGUCAUUCAAAUCAUUUAAGGAAUGCCUUUAUUUUGCGAGCAUAUGCUUUACAGCACCAAGAAUGCUGAUUGAGGAACUGUUUUCGAGCAUUAACGAUGAUGGACAUUACUUAAAUCCAGCACUUUGUGGAAGGAAACUUGUGUCUUGGUCCGACACAAUUCCAGUUGAACGACUACAUGCUAAAGCUAAGAAAAACAGGCAGUCAUACUCAGAAGUUAUGUUCUCAACAAUUUCGUCAUGCUUAUUGGAUUUUUUUGAGCAAAUAAAGGAAGAAGGGCAAUCGGUUAAAAUUCCUCCAUAUAUUAGAGUUAACUUCCGAUCAGUUCCGUUUUCAUACCUUUAUGGUGUCAGUUGUUUAAGGAACGGUGUUAUUGGAUUUAAACUUCCAGUUAAUGAACCUUCAUUUUCACAAUUUGCUGAUAUACGCGAUCAAUUGAUAGAAACGAGGAAGCAUCAAGUUAUGAUUUAUUUAUUAAGCUUGAUUCAAAUUAGAUUCGACUUCCUUACAACUGUAAUUCCAUCAAUGUACUUGAAACUUUUAAUCAACUAUUUGUCGAAGAAGUUCGCGAUUUCAGUCACAUUAUGUAUGGGAAUUAACGAAUAUGAGCCAUCAAAAAUGAUUACAUGCUAUGAAGGAGAUAUUGAGGAUGUAAUCUUCUUUAGAACGCCACAAUCAAAUAAUUCAACAAAUAUAACAAUCCAAAGAUUUAAGCAGAAUGUAAGGAUGAACAUUAUGUGUGACUCAAAUAUCGAUAAGCAGCACUAUAUAUCCAAAAACUUCAAAAAAGCAUUCCAAAAAGUUCCAGUUGUUAAAAAAGUAUGA